UCACUCCUCACAUACAUGUUGAACCUGCACGAAGUUGGGCCUGGGCCCGCUGCUGGGCCGCUGACUCACGGCUGGUCUUUUCAGGUGGGGAUUGUGCAGUACGGAGAGAACGUGACCCACGAGUUCAACCUCAACACCUACUCCUCCACGGAGGACGUGCUCCUCGCUGCCAACAAAAUCGUCCAGAGAGGCGGCCGCCAGACCAUGACCGCCCUCGGGAUCGACACAGCCAGGAAGGAGGCUUUCAUGGAGGCCCGGGGCGCCCGCAGGGGCGUCAAGAAAGUCAUGGUGAUCGUGACGGACGGGGAGUCCCAUGACAACCACCGGCUGCCCCAGGUCAUCCAGGACUGCGAGGGGGACGGCAUCCAGCGGUUCUCCAUCGCGAUUCUGGGCAGCUACAACCGCGGGAACCUGAGCACGGAGAAGUUCGUGGAGGAGAUCAAGUCCAUCGCCAGCGCGCCCACCGAGAAGCACUUCUUCAACGUGUCGGACGAGCUGGCCCUGGUCACCAUCGUGGAGGCGCUGGGAGAGAGGAUCUUCGCCCUGGAAGCCACCUCCGACCAGGCCGCGGCCUCCUUUGAGAUGGAAAUGUCGCAGACCGGCUUCAGCGCGCACUACUCCCAGGACUGGGUCAUGCUCGGGGCCGUCGGCGCGUACGACUGGAACGGGACGGUCGUCAUGCAGAAGGGGAAUCAGAUCAUCAUCCCCCAAAACACCACCUUCAAUGUGAAGUCUUCCAAAAAGAAUGAGCCCCUGGCCUCCUACUUAGGCUACGCGGUGAACUCGGCCACCGUCCCCGGGGGAGACGUGCUGUACAUCGCGGGCCAGCCCCGCUACAACCACACCGGGCAAGUCAUCGUCUACAGAAUGGAGGGCGGGGACGUCAGGAUCCUGCAGACGCUCCGGGGAGAGCAGAUCGGCUCCUACUUCGGCAGCGUGUUGACCACCGUGGACAUCGACAAAGAUUCCCACACGGACGUGCUCCUGGUCGGGGCGCCCAUGUUCAUGGGGGCUGAGAAGGAGGAGCAGGGGAAGGUGUACGUGUACGCCCUGAACCAGGUACCGGGACGGGGUCUGGGGAGACCGGGACCACCUCUUCCUUUCUUUCCGUUUCAAACAAAUCAUGUGGCGCUACUUUUGCACUCACGUCGGAAAAAGGAGCAAAACCAGUGUCAGGGCCCACGCAUCCCGUCGGGCGGAGACGGCCAGACCCUGAAGUUCUUCGGCCAGUCCAUCCACGGGGAGAUGGACCUGAACGGGGACGGCCUCACCGACGUGACCAUCGGCGGCCUGGGCGGCGCCGCCCUCUUCUGGGCCCGAGACGUGGCUGUGGUUAAAGUGACCAUGAACUUUGAACCGAAUAAAGUGAAUAUUCAGAAGAAAAACUGCCGCAUGGAGGGGAAGGAAACCGUGUGCAUCAACGCGACCGUGUGCUUCCAUGUGAAACUGAAGUCCAAGGAAGACACGGUCUACGAGGCUGACCUGCAGUACCGCGUCACCCUGGACUCGCUGAGGCAGAUCUCACGCAGUUUCUUCUCUGGGACCCAGGAGAGGAAGACCCAGAGGAACAUCACUGUGCGCGAGUCAAAAUGCACCCAGCACUUCUUCUACAUGUUGGACAAGCAUGACUUUCGGGACUCUGUGAGAAUAACCCUGGACUUCAAUCUUUCCGAUCCGGAAAAUGGGCCCAUUCUUGAUGAUUCUCUGCCAAACUCAGUACAUGAAUCUAUCCCCUUCGCCAAGGACUGUGGGAACAAGGACAAGUGCAUCUCGGACGUCGCCCUGGACGUGUCCACGCUGGAGAAGGACCUGCUGAUUGUCCGGUCCCACAACGACAAGUUCAACAUCAGCCUCACCGUCAGAAACAAAGGGGACAGUGCCUACAACACCAGGACCAUGGUGCACUACUCCCCAAACCUGGUUUUCUCGGGGAUCGAGGCGAUCCAAAAAGACAGCUGCGAGUCCAACCAUAACCUCACGUGUAAGGUGGGCUACCCUUUCCUGCGGAGAGGAGAAAUGGUAACUUUCAAAAUAUUAUUUCAAUUUAACACGACCUAUCUCAUGGAGAACGUGACCAUCCACUUAAGUGCAACAAGUGACAGCGAGGAGCCUCCGGAAACCCUCUCCGACAACGAGGCCAGCAUCGCUAUCCCCGUCAAGUAUGAAGCUGGGCUCCAGUUCUCCAGCUCUGCCAGUGAAUACCACAUUUCAAUCACGGCCAACGAGACUGUCCCUGAAGUGAUCAAUUCCACUGAGGACAUUGGGAAUGAAAUUAAUAUCUUCUACUUGGUCAGGAAAAGCGGGCACUUCCCGAUGCCAGAGCUCAGGCUGUCCGUGUCCUUCCCCAACCUGACGGCAGACGGCUUUCCUGUGCUGUACCCACGCCGGUGGGCCUCGUCCGACAACGCAAACUGCAGGCCCAGGGACCUCCAGGACCCUCUCGGCAUCAGCUCAGGGAAGAAGACGGUCACACUCACGUCGGAAGAUUUCAAGCGAGGGACGAUGCUGGACUGCGGCACCUGCAGACUCGCCACCAUCACCUGCAGCCUGGCUCCCGCUGACGUGAGCCAGGUCAACGUGUCGCUGGUCCUGUGGAAGCCCACGUUCAUAAAGAUGCGCUUUUCCAGCUUGAAUCUCACCGUCAGGGCGGAGCUUCGGAGUGAAAAUGCGUCGCUGGUGCUCAGCCCCAGCAGCCAGCAGAGAGAGCUCGCGAUCCAGGUGUCCAAGGACGUGCUGCCGGGCCGCGUGCCGCUGUGGGUCAUCCUGCUGAGCGCCUUCGCCGGCCUCCUGCUGCUGCUGCUGCUCAUCCUGGCUCCCAACGGGACCCUCACCGGCUUGCAAAAUCCCCAGAAAUGUCUGUCGGCCCGUUCUAGAGGCGGCAUGACCAUGACGGACAGAUAG